UGUCAUCUUAGGAAGUGCUGUUUCGGUCACGUGCUAAAUAGAAUUUACCGUGUCUGCAGACGGUCGGUGACAGCGGUUCCAGCGUUCGCCUCCGUGUUCAGCAGGCAUGGCUCUGGAGGCUUGGUACAUGGACAGCUCUGACGAAGACCAGAGGAAGCCGCACAGGCUCCGCCCACAUCAGCCCGUCUCCUUAGACGAGCUGAAGAAACUCGGAGUUUUUCACUGGAGGCUCGAUGCUGAUCACUUUGAUUCAGACCCAGAACUGAGAAAAAUCCGCGAAGAACGAGGCUACUCUUACAUGGACAUAAUCACAAUUCAGAAGGACACCUUACCCAAUUAUGAGGAAAAGCUGAAGAUGUUCUAUGAGGAGCAUUUACACUUGGACGACGAGAUCCGCUACAUCCUGGACGGCCAAGCCUACUUUGACGUCAGAGACAAGGAAGACCGAUGGAUCCGGAUAUCGAUGAGCAAAGGAGACCUGAUCACUCUGCCAGCUGGCAUCUACCACCGCUUUACUCUAGAUGAGACGAACUACACUAAGGCCAUGCGGCUGUUUGUGGGGGAGCCCGUGUGGAAGGCUUACAACCGUCCCGCUGACGACUUCGAGAUCCGUCAGAAGUAUGUGUCUUCUCUGCAGGGAUCGUGAUGGAACGCUGUAGAAGAAGGUGUCAUGCACGAAAAGAAAACAUUUCCAUGUGCAUUACUUUAUUUUUUCCCCAUCAUCAGCUCCUGCUUUAAUGGUUAUGCAUAUACAUUUUAGUGCCAACUUUUUUUAAAUGAGAUGAUUUGGAAGUCAACUUCUUCAACACUUCACCGUGGAAAGAUGAAAAACUUUUAGCCAAUUGUUAAAUCAGGAACAACAGAAAUGAAAAGUAAAAUUUCAGUUCUUUUCUGGAAAUGAAAAUAAAGUUGCAAUUGUU